UGUGUACGCGAAAGCUUUAACACAGCUUGACUAUUGGACUGCAACUUAACCAAGCAUAGUUUGUUGAUAUUUACCUUAUACAGGUAAGAACACCGAUAGCUAACUAUUGUGAAAUCGGUUUACGCUACUCAAUGCAUAUAACAAUGCCAAGUAGCGUGCGAUCCAUGUAGUGUUGUAUAGUUCAGUGUCAGGCGAGGACGCUCAAUACACAGCACACCUGACGUGAUGUAAAACCUUAGACAAGCGGUAUCUCCAUCGCAGCGAGAUGAAGCACCGGCAAGGUAAAACGGUGGAACACAAGUCCCAAGGAGUUAAAGAAAAUGGUUUCAAUUCGAACUGUAGAAACAGGAAAUGGAAACAUAAUGGAGUUUCUAAAGAGGUACAAGAUCCAACUGAAAGCCAGUCUGAGACUGGGAAGAUAUUUCCAAAUUGGUCACCAUGGAUACUCUACGCCAUCACCUUGGUGAUACGUGCAACUUAUAUCAACCGGAAGUCAAAUUGGUGGAUUUAUCAUCCGGAUGAGAUAUAUCAAUCUAUUGAAGUUGGGUUUUCUGAAGCAUCAGGAUAUGGCUUUCGAACCUACGAGUACCUACCUCCGCCAGUGAACGUGACCACCUCUGUUGAAGAACAGGAAGUGACGAAUGGGAUGUUCAGUAUGCGUUCCUUCAUAUUCCCGCUCUUUUACACGUUUGUUUUUAAAAUGGCGGCCGUAGUAGGAUACGACUACAAUCCAUAUUUGUUGGGGAGACUUUUCCACGUCAUCAUUACAUCACUACUUCCGGUGUCUGUGUUUAACUUCUCCCGGACUGUAUAUAAGAACCCGGAUGUUGCAUGGAUGGCCGCCAUUUUUGUUUCUUUUUCACAAAAUUUAACAGUGUUGGGCACACACACGCUGGUCAAUAGUUUUCUUUCACCUUUUCUAUUUCAUGCUUUGUCGAUCAUUGUUGCGUCUAUUUUAAAUUCCAGUGAACAGGGUUCAAAAGAAUUGAAACAAAGCGUACAUUCAAACGGUAUCAUUACAAAUGGACAUACAUCUAUUUUUUUAGAAAAUGGAGGACCUCAGACAAAGGUGAGCAAGCCACAUCAAAAUGGAUAUACACACGUGGUAAAUGGAUCACCAAAACUUAUUGAAAACGGUAAAAGUCCAAAUGGUCUUUCUGCAUCUUGGCAUAGACAUUUUAAAGGACACUAUCAUAAUGAUGGAAACUAUGUUAAACUGUUUGAAAAACAUUUAACAAAACUAUCCGGAAGUGGAUUUAUAUUAGGUGUCGUCUGCUACAUCAGAACAGACAUCACGUUAUUUGGAGUAGUUAUACUCACAGUGUUUACUAUCAAAUGUUUGUACGAUAAUUUUUCCUAUGUGAGGAGACUAUGGACGAAGUUUGUUAAUACAGGUGUUGGGUUCAUUUUAGGCGUACUUUUGGGAGGUUUUGUUGACAAACAAGUAUAUGGAACCUGGUUCUUGUCGCCUCUACAGUGGUAUCGCAUCAACCUUAAAACAAACAUCCCAAGCAUCUUGUUUGGUACGAGCAGUUUUGACGUGUAUGUUGAUGGAAUAUUUCUCCAGAGCUGGUUUACAAGUGUGUUUUUUUCCACGUCCGCCAUUUGUGUUUGCCUACUGGUGACAAAAUAUUUCAACACAACAUAUAAAAAGGAACAACAUCUCACGAUAGCUUUAUGUGUCGCUUGUUUUCUGUUGUUUUGUUCGUAUUCCAUGGUCGGGCAUAAAGAAAUACGGUUUCUUCACAACGUCAUCGUCCUGAUGAUGAUGACGUCAGCAUUUUCGUUGCACUUUGUCAUCAGUCAUGUGUUAUUUUUGUCUAAUCGGAAGUCAAAAGUUUUGUUUUAUUUAUUAAUAGUGUCUUACGCAACAAACACAUAUUUCACAUUUCCGUCAAUAAAUGACAACCCAAACACGUUAGCAACCAAGAGAAAGAAGGAAUCCGCGGAGGUGAAUGCGUGUCUGGAAUUUAUUUCUCGACAGUCGCACGUCUCGGGAGUUUUUGUUGACGUCAGUCUAUAUCAAAUGGCGGGACUUUCUAUCAUCAAACACAACGUCCCACUUGUCAUACUUAUUCACAAUGAGUACCACGAGUACCCCAACGUGACGUCAUCAUUUAUGAAUAAACCGGGAAUUCGUGUUAUCAACAGAUUCUCUGACUUCAUACAUUCGUCAAACAUUGUGUACUUAACCAAACAUCUACUGGGUAGAAUGCAAUACAGUUACAUAGUAACAAAUCGCAUUCGGGAGUCCUCGUUCGGGGAAAUUGGUUUCAAAACAGUAUUUUCAUUCGGAGCACACAUUGUUCUUCAUAGAGCAUUAUCUAGUCAGGAAAAAGAACUUUCGCAAAAGUAUGCCAUUAAUUUAUUGGACGGUGAUAACGCCACUGUGUUAGAAUACGAAGCUAGUUGGUUGUUCACGGCUGGUCUUUACUCGAAGUCAAUCCAUCGUGCCGAGAGUGCUCUUCAAGUGAACGACCAACGAAUUCGACCUUUCCAAAUCAUUGGAUUAUCUUACGUUAGAUUGAACCAGUGGGAGGAUGCACGAAAGACAGAACAGCUGUGCUUUAAACGUCACGGGGAAGCAAAAUGUCGGAAACCCCAAUCUAGAGUUGUUAUUCACGAGGAGUACAUACCUUUUGAUGAUGCCAACUCCUACAAAUGGUUGUAAUUUUUUUAUUUAUUUAGAUUUUCUCACCAUCGUGCAAUCUUCAAACGAUAUGAUGAAUAAAUAUAUAUCGAACCAUAUCGAAAAUUAUUGCAAUUGUUCUGAAGUAAGCGUGUUUACGUUCUUCGUUCCCCGCAAGGUACUAUGUGUGCGAAGUGUUAAGUUAUAAGAUGUUAUGUGAAAAGGAGUUCAUACACCGUCUCAUUAUGUGGUUGGAUGACUGACUGUGUAACUUAACACAUGAACCGUUGUUGCUACCCUUGUCGCCAUAAACUUGUUUUGCCUAGGCUGCUGAAUAUUUUGAUUCAAGUUGAUUGUUCUACACAAUCGGUGCAUAAGUCAAUCUAACGUCAUCCCUCAUAAACUGUUGUCAAUUUGUACUAUACGGCUGUUGUAAAUCACCUAUGUUUCGCAAACGUCAGCGAAUGGGUAUGAACUUAUUUGCGAAAAAAGUUAAUCUCCUAAAUUAUCAUUAAAUGUUAUUCUGAUUUAAGAGUUUCCUCCAGACAUAAUCUUUCAGCAUAGACUGAAACAUUUUUGAAACUUUUGAAUGCAGUAUUGGUUGGUUUAACGUCCUAUCAAUAAGGUAAUUUAAGGUCAUUUAGAUACGAUAUCAAGGUCUAAGUUAAUAUAACUUUUAAAAAAUAUAUUUAGAUUUCUGUAUAUUACGUCACUACUACUGAUCAAAUCUAUCUGAUCUGUAAACACUAGGAAAUAUGCAUCAGCCAUGACAACAGUAAAUCGCUUAUUUCAUUGCAAUCUUUAUAAGUUCGCACUAUUGUACGUCCGACAGUCUAUCCAGAAUCAAAACAUACCACAAUUAGUAUUCCAUCAUAUCACAAUUAUCAUUGCAUUAGUUUUUACGUUGUGCAUUUUGAAUUUGAAAUUUCCAAUCAUUGCAAAUUAUUCAAUCUUAAACAAUUUCAGGAUAUCUGCAAAAUUGAAAUUUCUAGUUAUAUCAUGUAGUAGGUAUACGUUAGAAAAAAAAGUAAAUGAAAAAAAAAGGUUUCUAUUGAGCAAUUAAUCAAAAAUUAGAAUGGUUUCGCGAUAUAUACCUUGUAUAGAAGAUAAAGCAACAAAAUGGAGUUAUUCUAGCUAAGAGUAACUUCCAUUUGUCAAGUUUUUCAUUAUCUGUGGGAACCGUAGCUUCUAGGCCCGACUGGUUUUUUGUUUGUUUUUGUUUUUGUUUUAGUAUUAUCGCAGCUAGUUUUUCUUUUUGUAGCCUAAAAUUUGGACAUUUAUUUUUUCAUAACUAUGAUUGUGUAAUUUCUGUAUGACAACAUUGAUAAAGUAAUUUGUAAUGAAAAGUUCCCGAGUUCGACUCCUGCAUUUUUCUUGUUUUCUUUUUUUAUUUCUUUUCUUCCAACACAUUAAAUUUUGAACAUCUAAAAUUUCGUAAAAUCCAUUGCAAAAUGUGGUUUUUAUGGAAUAUUUCUUUUGAAAAGGACUUGAAAAACUAAUUUACAAAAGUGACAAUGGUAAUGAUAUUGUUUAACUUUUUGGUGCCCGUUAACUUAAACCUCUGGCAAUAGUAUCAUUACACAAUAAUGGUCUACAUCGGGAACUGUUUGUAGUUGAUAAUGCAUUUAAAAAAUCUAUAGUUCCACUAUUUGACAAUCAGGUCUUUGAACAACAGCUUUGAAAUUUUUCUUGAUUUUUAUUUUGCGAUGAUUCUGUCACUUCAUAAGUACUUUUGUUGAGAUUAUAGCUGCUUUUAACAUUUAUUUAUAAUAUCAGUGCAAACUUUUUUGAAAGCAUUUCGAAAUAUCUUCUCGUGUAUAAGAUCGCAUUUAUGUCAUAUGCAAGAAAUGUAAAAUAUGCGGAUUUUCGUUUUAUCACAUAUUUGGUGAUAAAUUAUGAAAAAAGGGAAUGCAUGUAUGUAUUAUAUACUCGAAGUCACUUAACGUAGAUACGACUCCUUUUUCCUUUUCUCUCCUAAUUUUGUCUUUCCUAACAACCAAAUCUUGAUCUUAUUCUUGGCGAUUGACCACUUGUAAUAUUGAUUUGAAUUUAUGAUCGAUCCUUUGUAUUUGAGUUUUUUCUUAAAGGCGCAGAAACGAAAUAGGGUCGUACAUGGCCAAAUGAUAGCAAUUAUUUAUUAUUAUAUACAUUCAAAAAAAGAAACUGUAAAUAAAUCAGUAUUUCAAUUUACAUACUUAUAUACAUCUACAAAGCUAUCUAGUGGCCUGUUUAGAUUGUCACGCGAGUCUACACGAAUAUGUUAAUACACGUAUAUGUAUCUUUAAAUUUCUUAUUGUUGUUUCAGACAGUGUAUUGUGUUUGUUUUUUUGUUUGUGCAUAUUUAUUAAAUUUAUUUCAGAAGUUA